AACUAGAAUUUGUCACUGGGGAUACCUGCACCUUGCUUCUGCCCAGUCUAGGAUGGAUGGCCUCUAGUCUCCAAGUUCCCUGCCAGUGCUGUUCGGCCCCCACCGCAGCUAUGGACACAUGACCCGAGUCGCCAGACCUGCAUCCCCACCCUCUGACCAGUGGCUGGGAAAAUGGAUCUAACUGGCUUUCUCAGAGCCUUGAGCCUGGGCGGAGCAGGGCAGCAAAUGCUUGGAUUCCAAGGCUUCACACCUGCCUUCUCCACCUCCCUGCCCCCACCUGAAGGCUCUAGAACAAAGGUGCUUUGUGCUUUGUACAGAUUGCUACUACCUCAUCACUUGGUCCUCAGGACUGAGGCCUCCUGGGAGAGAGAAGGUGUGGGACCGCAAAGCGGUCACCUGGUGUAACACCCCAGGCUCUAUAGGAUUGGGGGUGUCCCCAGAAGCACCUCAUACCUUCCUCUGGUACUCUUGCAGCAUUGUCUGGAUGUGGAAAAAAAAACCACAAUGCAUGGAAGGUAGUUCUGUUUCAGCCUCCAAAAAUACCUGGGGCUUCAGGUGCUGGCCAUUGUGUGUGUGUGUGUGUGUAUAUGUGUGUGUGCGCGUGCGCGUGCACGAAUUAUCUUGUGUAGCUCAAGCCGGCUGGAACUCUGGGUUCUCCCAGUGCUGAGACUGUGGAUGGAAUUGCAAACGCAGUCCAGCUCUGGCCUCCCAGGCUUCAAUAAGGCUUUAUACCUUGAACUAACGCAGACACAAACGAUCUGAAAAAAAAACAAAACUCAACCCUCUUCGGAGGUAAUGCAUGAGUGCAUGGCUGUGAUCCCAGCACUGGGGAGGAUGGGGCAGGAGGAUUAUUGCCAGUUUGAGUCCAUCUUGAGUUAUAAAUUCCGGGCUAGCCAGGCUUUAGGGUUAAGACCCUGUUUCCAACAAAGCGCAAUGUGGGAUUGGAGAACUCAGCCAGCCUUGGUAAAGUGCUUACCUGAGUUAAGACCCCCAGCACGCAUGUAAAAAGCCCGCAGGUGUAGUGGUUAGCUUCUGUAACCCAACCGCGUGUGGGAGAGGACGGGGUGGGGCAAGGAAACAGGAGGAUCCCCCAGCCCCAGGACUGCAAGCCUAGCCAAUUAGCGAGCUCCGUGUUCAGUGAGACCCUGUCUCAAAAGAAUAAGGUGGAAAGGGACAGAAGUGAGACCUCCGCCCCAUGGCAACUGGCACGAGCACAUACACACACACAUAACACAGAAACCAAAGACCUUGAAACAAAACUCCUUAGUGGAAUAGGUCCCUCUGCACAGUGAGAUACAAAGGAAGCUUUGGCUAACCUGUAGCGCACAGGAACGCACAAAGGGUUAACAGGAGUUGGCCCUGGGUGGAGAGGCGGAGACGAGUUUUCAUUGGUGGAAAGUUAUCCAGGGGCGUGGUCUAAGAGUCUCCACACCCCACCUCCUUUCCGUACCCCCCCCCUCCCCUCCCCUCCACUUUUGUACCUUUCUCGCCGGGACAGAGAAGCGGGCCGGGACCAGCCGGGCCAGACUAGACUGGACCCCGGGGGCGAUGCGGCUGCUGCCCCUGCUGCGGACUGUCCUCUGGGCCGCGCUGCUCGGCUCGCGCCUCCGGGGGUGCUCCAGCCUCCGCCACCCUGUCUACUGGAACUCCACUAACCCCAGGCUGCUUCGAGGGGAUGCCGUGGUGGAGCUGGGCCUCAACGAUUACCUAGACAUCUUCUGCCCACAUUACGAAAGCCCGGGGCCCCCGGAGGGACCCGAAACCUUUGCCUUAUACAUGGUGGACUGGUCAGGGUAUGAGGCCUGCAAAGCAGAGGGGGCAAACGCCUUCCAGCGAUGGAAGUGCGCACUGCCUUUCGCCCCUUUCGGCCCUGUUCGGUUCUCAGAAAAGAUCCAGCGCUUCACACCCUUCUCCCUGGGCUUCGAGUUCUUGCCUGGAGAGACUUACUACUACAUCUCGGUGCCCACUCCGGAGAGUUCUGGCCGGUGCUUGAGACUCCAGGUGUCUGUCUGCUGCAAGGAGAGCAGGUCCGAGUCUGCCCACCCUGUUGGGAGCCCUGAAGACGGUGGCACAUCCGGGUGGCGGGGAGAACAUGCUCCCAGCCCCCUGUGUCUCUUGCUGCUGCUGCUGCUCCCAAUACUUCGUCUCCUUCGAGUUCUGUGAGCCAAGUACACCUUCCCUUCACCCCAAGGAACCAGCGCCCUCCCCCAGCUCCUCUGUUGAAGGGGUUCCUGCCAGCAUUCCGUGAUGCCACACCAGGCAGACGCGAUGAAGCUUUGAUGUAGGAAGUCAGAGCAUCUGAGGUGACCCUUGUGGGUGACUGCCCCCUCACCACAGGCUGAAGAGGAACUGUGAGGGAACAGCAGACAGCCCAGGACACCCUGGAGCACAGCUGCUUUGAUGGUCUUGUCUCCUCCCCCCAGAAGAUUGGGUGGGAUCAAAUCCUUGAGCCACUGGGGGCCAGAGCCAAAGACCUGGGGACAGGUGGAUUCCUGGCCAAGAGCAAAGGAGAAGCCAUGCCAUCUGUGCCCUCUAGGACUCUCCCCAGGGGCAACUGUUGCCCUCCCAGGGGGCCAUUCGCUUGUCUUCUGUGAAGACGGACUUGCCAUGAGGUUGAAUUUCAUGCUGGUUUGUAUUUUUGUAAGUGUUUGGACCAAACCUUCAAUAAAUCACCCAUUCUCAUGGGA